AUGGACUUGGCAGUGCGUGCAAUGGAGAGCCCUGGCAUCAAGGAGUACCAGCCGCACGAGGAGGCGCUGCUACGCAAUGAUGCCAGAGCAGGGCAGCAGAGGAACGAGGUGCUUGGCACAACAUUUGCCUCGGUGCUAAUACAGAAUCUCCAGGCGCUUCUGGGCACACGCGAGCAUGGCCAUAAAAUGGAUAUUGCUGCUGCAGAGUUCACCGGGACGAGGCCCGAGGCACUCGGCAGUCCACGGUACACUGCACCGCCAGUGGUUGUUGGUGCUGGCCCGGUUGUCAAAUCUGCAGCAGCUAAUGCAACGGACACGCUGCAGCAGGUAUUGCGACCUCGCUCCACGCCAAUGGAAGGGUUCUUGCCAGCCGAGCUGCUUGUGUGCGACAAGGAUGGUGACCCCCACAUGGUUGUGACACGGCUUGAUCGCAGGUCAGCUCCGGUUGUAGCAAGCGCUGGUGGAAAGCUGCUCCGCAAUACGCUGGAAGAAAAGGAUGCGCUGGCUACCGAUACCGAGCCAGCACUGCGCUUUGCUAGUGUGUUUGAGCAGCAGCAGGAGCAGCAGACGACGGCGGCGGCGGCGGCGGCGGCGAGCGCUGAGCUGAUCGGGACCGUGUAUCGGGCAUUGGAUAUAUGUCUGACCAAAAUCGAGCGGCGCCUGCCUGUGACCAAAGAAAUCGUUGGGCCUACAGGCCGUGUGCUGGCGCUAGCGGCACUGUUCCUGGCUGUGAUCGGCCGGCAGCGACAGCGCCUACACGGAUACCAGUACAAGCUGCAGGCGUUGAAUCGGUCUGGGUCGACCUUUGUCGCUGAUGACCGAGCCAGGGCCGAGUGGACCGAGUGGUGGGCGCGAGCCCCGGCGUUUGUGGUGCGCUUCUGGAUCGACGUGCUUGAGCAGGAGGCCUGUGAUGCAGUUGGCGCGCUGGUUGGCUGCGCCAGCAGCAGCACGAUGAUCGACCGGCUCAUUCGAGAUGACCCAGUCCGGUGGCUCGGGCCGCUGGAGUUGCUGCGCAUUCUCGCCGGUGCCAACGACCAGCUGCUCUCACGGCCAAGGAGAACCACAUCUGGCAAGGAGGAGUUCCAUAGCCCGCGUAUCCUGGCCCACUUUGACCUGAAGCGCGAGAUCCAGCAGUGGGUCCAGCGCAAGGAAGAUGCCCUGAGUCCGUUCGCUUACCCGUUCCUCUUUGGUACCGACGAUAAGGCCCAGCUGCUUGCGCUCGAGUCCCACGCGCGUAUGAAGAUCCGGUAUCUCAGUGCCCACGACCGCCAGGCGGAGGGCGUGCAGAAUCAGCGGGUGCUGCAUAUCGAUGCGCAUGCCGAGCAGCUUGUGCGGCCCAACUUUGAGCCCGAGUGGCCUCUGCUCACAUCAAAUCGCUCGGCUGUGGCCGAUGCUAAUAAUCCGUAUCUGGUUCUAGCGGUCCGCCGCGACAGGCUGGUCCAGGAUGCAAUGGACAUGUUGCAGCUCGGGCUGAGUCGUGUGCGCUUCCCAUUCAAGGUCAGGUUUGUUGCCAGCGGGGAGGACGGCGUCGACAUGGGCGGUGUGCAGAAGGAGUUCUUCUCUCAGCUCAUGCCCCAGCUGCUAUCGCCAAGCCAGGGGCUGUUCACGCAGACCGGCGGGUAUGUCUGGCCCGACGCAGCCUCGCCCCACGAGUUGUCGGAUUUCGAGCUAGUUGGCGUGUUCCUGGGCAUUGCCUUUGCCAACGGCAUCACUCUUGGCACCGCUGUCGCUCCCCUGGCACCGCUGCUGGUGAGCCAGCUCGCCUACAAGCCGGAGGACCCCAUGCGGUGGCCCAUCGACGUGCUGAUGCGCCGCAUGAAUCGGACCUUCCCUGAGCUGGUGCAUGGCCUGCAGCAGCUGCUCGAGUGGAGUGAGGAGGAUGGCUCUGUGGAGGACGUGUUUUGCCGCACAUUCGAUGCACGGCGCGGUGCGGCCGAGCUCGAGAGUAUCGUCGAGCAAAGCCGCCAGUCGCUGCUUCCGCCGUUCGACCACCUUCCGCUCCCAGCGGUCGACUCGCUCAGCGCAACAGACGGGUCAGUGACAUUCCCGCUGAUUUCUGGCGGCAGCGACAUCGAGGUGACUGCAUCGAACCGCACCGAGUACGUCCAGCGCUACCUGCAGUUCAUUGGGUUUGAGCAUGCGCGUGCCCAGAUCGAUGCCCUUCGUCGAGGCUUCAUUCGAGCUGCCGACGGCGUCAUCUACCGCAUGGCACAUGCCUGGGAGCUGAUCGAAUGGCUAACGCCGUCCGACAGUGAGAUCGAUCCGUAUGAGCUGGAGCGGAUUGCCAGCUACGACGAUGAGUACUCCAGCUCGCAUAUCCGUGGUUGA